CGCCCGGAAGUUGAAGCAAAACUUUGUUUAGAGAGUCCACACUCAUUUUCAUAGUUUUAUUCAUGGAAAAGGGGGGGAACUCUUUAACGUCACGUUAUCGGUAGACGGGAAAUGGCUUCUGCUUGAGGUUAAUUAAAAGGAGAAACACGGGGAAAGAUUUGCAUCGAAUUUAACUAGCUAAAUUUGUGCGUGGAAAUGAUUUGACGGCGUCUCGCGAGCUCCCUCCUCCUCCUCCUCCUCCUCCACCUCCUCUCUCCGGUUCACACAACCUCCUGGAGAGCAAAGUGAACACUUUUACAGCAAUGUGAGGAGGAGUUCAGUAGUGCCUGCGUUAAUUAGGCGAGAGAAAAGAGGUGGAGGAAGUUUACGGAAGAGAGUUAAGAAAGGAAGUUGUGCUACCGGAAAGCGUUAAAUGGAGAAGGACUGUUAGUGUACUUUACACCGGAACUCUCAUGGAGACUAUGUGAUGUGACCUACAUUAUUAUUAUAUUUUUUUCCGUCAGUAGAAGUGUAAUCUUGAUCGCAGUGAGCUAAUCUGAUCGUGUAAAUCCGUCCUGUUUAUAGCUGCUUCAUUAUCACGUGAUCCGCAGGCGCACUUUCCAUUAGACGCGUCUGCUUGUGGGAAUGUCACUUCAUAUCGCCUUGAAUCAAACCCACAAACUUUCACGGAGAUGCUGAACUACCCAAAGACUUUUUCCCCCUCCAUGGAAUUUAAGUGAGACAAACAAACAAACAAAGAAAAACCAGCCAAUCAGCGCCACGAUGGCAAUAUGCGGACGCAAGAGUCGCCCCAAGUUGCUGCUGUUCUUCAUCUGCGCGUCACUGUUUGGAUAUUUCAUCUUUCACAGAAAUUCCGAAGUAAGCCGGGCGAAUCGGCGAGGAGUUUCAUCUGACCAAAUCCCCGAGGAAGAUAACGAGCUCCUGCGGAGACCUGUCUAUGAGAAACCAGCUUUAGACCCGAAUGCACUGGGGGAGUUGGGGAAAGCCGUGAAACUGGAGCUGUCUGGAGAGGAGAAGAGAAAAGAGGAGGAAAGUCUUCAGAAACACCAGAUCAACACUUACGUUAGUGACAAGAUCUCCCUCCACCGCAGAUUACCCGAGAGAUGGAAUCCACUGUGCAAAAACCUGAAGUAUGACUACCGGAGCUUGCCAUCCACCUCAGUAGUGAUUGCCUUCUACAAUGAGGCAUGGUCUACUUUACUGCGCACAGUGCACAGUGUGCUGGAAACCUCACCUGAUAUUCUACUGAAUGAGAUCAUCCUUGUGGAUGACUACAGUGACAGAGAGCAUUUGAAGGAGCCUCUGGAGAACUACAUAGCUGAUUUGAGGAAAGUACGUCUGAUCCGAGCGAGGAAGAGAGAGGGGCUGGUCAGAGCUCGACUCCUGGGUGCCACUGUAGCCACAGGUGAUGUGCUGACUUUCCUGGACUGUCACUGUGAGUGUCAUGAGGGCUGGCUGGAGCCCCUGCUCCACAGAAUAAAGGAGGAACCCAGUGCUGUCGUCUGUCCUGUAAUAGAUGUGAUUGACUGGAACACGUUCCAGUAUUUGGGCAACUCCGGAGAGCCUCAGAUCGGUGGCUUUGACUGGCGUCUGGUUUUCACAUGGCAUUCAGUUCCUGAAAUUGAGCAGAAACGCAGACUCUCCCCUACUGAUGUCAUCAGAUCUCCGACCAUGGCUGGGGGCCUGUUUGCAGUCAGCAAGAAGUACUUUCAUUACCUGGGUACUUAUGACACAGGGAUGGAGGUGUGGGGAGGAGAGAACCUGGAGUUCUCAUUCAGAAUCUGGCAAUGUGGAGGGAGUUUAGAGAUCCAUCCCUGUUCCCAUGUGGGCCAUGUCUUCCCUAAAAAGGCCCCCUAUUCGCGGAACAAGGCUCUGGCCAACAGUGUGCGGGCAGCAGAGGUCUGGAUGGACAACUACAAGGAGCUGUACUACCACCGCAACCCCCAUGCUCGUCUGGAGGCCUAUGGCGAUGUGACGGACAGGAGGAAGCUAAGGAUGCGUCUUCGCUGUAAGGACUUUAAGUGGUUCCUGGAGAAUGUCUAUCCAGACAUCCAUGUCCCAGAGGAUCGACCCGGCAUGUUUGGAAUGCUGAAGAAUCGAGGAAUGUUUAACUAUUGCUUUGACUACAGUCCACCUAGUGACCACAAUGUGGCGGGCCACAGGGUCAUUCUGUAUCCAUGCCAUGGCAUGGGUCAAAACCAGUUUUUCGAGUACUCUACAAACAACGAAAUCCGCUACAACACAAGGGAGCCCGCAGGCUGUGCCAUGGCCGAUCCCAUCUCCACCUUCCUCAGCGUUAAUCUGUGCCGAAAACCCCAACAACCCGUCCCCGAGGACCAAAAGUUUGUGCUCAGAGAGGAUGGGACUUUGUACCAUGUCCAGACUCAGAAGUGUGUCGAGGCCCUGCAGAAGGUAGACAACGGCAGUCCUGGUCCUGCUCUCCGUCCAUGCACCGGUUCAGCCCACCAGCAGUGGUUCUUUCAGGAGAGGUCAUCGGUUUAAUAGCAAAGCACUUUCUCUACCACUCCAGCGCUUGAAAGGGUAUCCGACUGAGGCAGAUUUGUGGUGAUCUACGAGAUUCUAUGCUGUUUUUCUCUUCAUUUUGAUGUUAGGAAGUGACUGUUCACUCGUUAUUUAUUUAUAAUUUAACAAAAAAAAUGACUGCUGCAGCUUUUGAUGGAUUUGGAGCAGUGACUCACUGCUCACUAUUGCUGGCCGAUAUACAUUCAACCUGUUUAUACAUUCAGCGUGUUUGAACUGAGUUCUCCAGUUUCCUUACGCCUCCCAAAAUCCUUGGCUAUGAUUGGCUAUGCUAAAUUGCCACUAAAUGUUAAUGAGCGUGUGAAUGUGUAUGUAUGAUAUCUUCCAAUGGACUGGUUCAGGGUGUGUUCCCGCCUCAUGCCUAGUGUUUCUGGGAUAAUCUUGCAAUAAGGCCUGUAACUGAAUAGGAAUACAUGUAUGAAUAGCAGGAGAACCAUUUUAUUUUUUAUUUUUAAGAAAGCUUGGUUCACAGGACAUCUACUUGAGACUAAAGUUGUGUAAUAGGACUGGGAUCAUGUAGAACACAAAAAAAAAAAAAAAAAGGCAUCGGACAAAACGGCACUAGACAAACAAAGACCACAGCACAUAAUGCAUUUGCUGUGUUUAUUUAUGACAUAGUGGCAGUGCAGGUAUGUUUAUUUUUUAUUUUUGUAGUGUUCCAGGGAACUGUUUGUGGUUGGUUCAUAUUUGUUUUUUGUUUUUU